AUGGUCGUGUUUAGACACGCUAAUAGGGAGUUACUAAUGAUAAAUGGAUUCACGUACUCCAAGAAGAAGCCACGGAACUGGUACUGUUCAAAGAGGAAAACCAUGCAUUGUCUUGCCAGGGCUACCUUCGAUGGCCAAGGAGCUCUGGCGUUCCUGAGUGAAGACCACAAUCACGGAGUAUAUUUCACAGUGAACCGCAAAGGUAAUACUAUGUUGCUCGUCGACGGACAGCGGUUCAGUAAAGAAUAUGAGAGGAACGGUAAAACAAGAUGGCGGUGUAUUAAGAGGAACACGGGAUGUCGGUCUGCGGCCGUCACGAUAGAUGAUGACAUUAUCAGCGUAACGAUCAUGGCUGCAAUAUUAAGAGCCCGCUUUGCGCCAGAGCCGAACAACAUUUACGUUGGGGGCCACAAGUUCUGCAGGCAUUCCAGGUCUUUGGUCGGGGAUCGCAUCAGAUGGACCUGUUCUAAGAAACACAAGCACAAAUGUAAAGCUACCGCUGUCACAGUGGAUGGCAUCAUCGUUUCAACGAGCGGACAACAUUCACAUCUGUAG